GUGCAGUCAGUGUCAGUGUAUGUACUGGCUCAGUGAACACCAAUGUCGGUGCAGACACUGCAACCGAAGCAGUCAGUGUCAGUGUAUGUACUGAUUCACUGAACGCCAGUGUCAGUGUAUGUACUGAUUCACUGAACACCAGUGUCAGUGUAUGUACUGAUUCACUGAACACCAGUGUCAGUGUCAUCAGUGUACCGGUGAACGCCAGUGUGACUUUAUCGGUGAUCAGUAUACUGAAACUGCACAUCCCUACCCACACCCACAUCCACACCCACACCCACACCCACACCCCACACGCACACCCCACCCACACCCACACCCUCAAGAAGAAGUUUCAUGAAUUAAACAUUCUAUAUAAUCUAUCUGCAUAUUGAGUGUAAUAUGCAGAUAGAAAUUCGUUGUUGUGUUGGAAAGCUAGAUGUGGACAAUUAUUAUUCUUUUUAAGAAACUACCUUCCAUUUAUUUUCUUGUAUGUAAUAAUAACUAUUUUAAUAUUCAAAUAUGUGUAAUCGAUUCUAUCUAUUCAUAACGUGCAAUACAAUAAAUUUCAAUUUGUGAGUUCUUUGAAGGACACUAUUUACUUCCAAAUUUUAAUAAUAUUGAUAUCCAUCAACAAGCAAUAUGCAAAAUCACCCCCGUUUUCUUCGUUCUAUUCUAUAGACAGCUCUAAUAGUAGAUAGUUUACACAGGAGAAUGGAUUUUUAACAAUCAAUAAUACUGAUUUCCAAAUGCUUAGUAAGAUUCGAAGAAUCAACAACAAAAAACGUUAAUGAGUUAAAACUAAAUAGUCUACUAAUUUAUAAGAAGAUAAACUGACUUUUCACGGUAACAGUUGAAUAAAAAAUCUGAAUGAUAUAAGGCCACAACCUUCACAGUAAUAUCAGAGCACAAGGCACUGCGAAACAAACUAAGUUGUUGUUAAUUCAUUUUAAGUAAAUCUGGCUCAAAAAGAGCUUUGUACUAUUUUGAAACUCUUGAAAAUGUUGCCACUGUCAAACCAACCCAUACUCAACCUCGCAUUAUUAGAUUAUGUCUCUCAAAACUAACACAUUACAAAUUCUUCAACAGUAGACUAUUCCAUAUGAGUACAUGUUUUAAAAAAUUGAAGCUGCGCUCACAGCAGAAAGAAACCGUUAUUAUUCUUCCGUUCUCUAAGGAGAAAUCUCAAGCAAUACCUUGAGAAUUAUGGAGAUAGAAUAUAACUAAGAAUGUUUUUUUUUCUGCAGCCUUUGUCCCAUUACGUGCAAGUGCCAUCGAUAUUCAUCCAAAUGCUCUUUGGGAAGAAAAUGGUAUUACUGUAGCUGGAGAAAAUGAAGAAGGCGAUGGAGCCAAUCAACUCUCAUUCCCAUGGGGUUUGUUUGUUGAUGAUGAACAAACAAUCUAUGUCGCUGAUCAAAACAAUCACCGUAUUGUGGAAUGGAAGUGGGGUGUGACGAGUGGCCAAGUGGUUGCCGGUGGAAAUAGACAAGGAAGUGGGGCUCAUCGAUUGUCUUGCCCACGAGAUGUGAUUGUCGACAAAGAGACAGAUAGUCUCAUCAUAUGCGAUGGUGGGAAUACAAGAGUGGUUCGAUGGUCUCGCCGAAAUAGGACAAGUGGAGAAACAAUCAUAUCCAACAUCGCUUGUGCGGGUUUGACAAUGGACGAGAAUGGAUCUCUCUAUGUCGUUGACUAUGCAAAACAUGAAGUGAGACGAUAUCGAAGAGAAGAAUCGAAAGGAACAGUGGUUGCAGGUCGCAAUGGACAUGGAAAAGAUUCGGAUCAACUCAAUGAACCAUACGACGUAUUCGUCGAUCGAGAUCAAUCAGUCUAUGUAUCUGACUCUGGGAAUCAUCGUGUGAUGAAAUGGAUGGAAGGUGCAACACAAGGCCUUGUCGUGGCUGGUGGUAAUCAACAAGGAAAUGGUCUUACACAAUUAUCAAAUCCUGCAGGAGUCGUUGUCGAUCAAUUAGGCACUGUCUAUGUGGCUGAUCAAGGCAAUAAUCGAAUCAUGCGUUGGCCCAAAGGAGCUACACAAGGAAGUGUUAUUGUUGGUGGAAACGAAAGAGAAGGACAAUCGAAUCAGCUUGAUUGGCCAAUCGGUUUGUCAUUCGAUCGACACGGCAAUCUCUAUGUCGUCGAUCACGGAAAUCAUCGAGUACAACAGUUUAAUAUCAAAUCUAAUAAGUAA